CAUUCUCUGCGAGUGAAUCAUACUGUCAACAUCACUGCAAGGUAUAAAUACCUACAAUAACACAGUCAUUCUCAGCUGCAUCCACUGAGGAGACAGACCAAUAGGGAGGAGCAUUCACUGAACUGCACAGGUUCUUUCAAAGAUCGCAGGAUGACGCUGUCCUGGUCAUUCCUGGUCAUGUGCCUGCUGUAUUGGUCUGCUGAGGGCCUGCUGCCUCCUUCAAAAGACGAGCUUUCACAAAUGUCACUUCUGGGAGAGAAGUAUUUGGACCAGCAGAUUGAAAAUGCCAUCAAUGGGGUCAAGGAGAUGAAGACUCUGAUGGAGAAGUCUGGAGAAGACCACAAUAAGUUUCUGAAGAGCUUAGAGGAAACCAAGAAGCAGAAAGAGGAUGCUUUGAACACAGCCAAGGAAGUUGAGUCUAAACUGAACGAUGAACAGACACUCUGCAAUGAGUCCAUGCAGGCCUUGUGGGAGGAGUGCAAACCUUGCUUGAAAAACACCUGCAUAAAAUACUACUCCCGGACUUGCAGCAGUGGGUCAGGCAUGGUGGGAAGACAGCUGGAAGAAAUUCUAAACAGGACCUCGCCAAUAUCCAUAUGGAUUAAUGGGGAAAAUAUUGACUCUCUCCUGGAAGAGGACAAGGAGCAGAGCAAGCGGUUUGAGGACCUGGAGGGGCGCUACACUGAGGUGUCCGAUGGUGUGGACAGCAUCUUCCUGGACAGCAUGAAGGUGUUCGACCACAUGCACUCCUUUCACCACCCGUUCAUGAGGCCCUUGUUUUACUCACCCUUCGCCUAUGGAGACAGCCAGAAUCAACAGAGGUCACGUGUCUACAGGUCCCCCUACUACAGCAGUGGUUUUCCCAGCUUUCACAGCAUGUUCCAGCCAAUGUUUGACAUGGCCCGGAACAUUUUUGACUCUUUUGAUCCACAUAUGGAAGACAACUUUGGAACAUCCCCCUCUCCUUCAAAUGACGGGAGCAUUAAUGAAGAUGUUAUUAGGACACGACCUUACGGAAGAGACCAAAUGACGUGCAGAGAGAUCCGGCGCAAUUCUGCAGGCUGCCUGAAACUACGAGAGGAAUGUGAAAAAUGCAAAGAGAUCCAGCAUAUUGACUGCUCUGGCAAGAAGCCUUUGGACGGGCCCCUGAAAGAGGAACUGGAGAGAGCCCUGGCCAUGGCCGAGAAAUUCACCCAGGAGUACAACCGACUUCUGAGGAAAUUUGAGGAGGAAAUGUUCAACACCUCCAGCCUGCUGGACAUGGUCAACAGGCAGUUUGGAUGGGUGUCCGCACUGGCCAACCAGACCCAGAAGGAUGGGAUGUUCCAGAUCAAAACAGUAAUUUCAAGAACAAGUGAGGAUCCUGAAAAGCCUGAAGACACCAAUGUCUCUGUCCAGCUGUUUGACAGCCCACCGAUGACCUUCACUGUCCCCGGAGACAUUCCAUGGAAUGACCCAAAAUUCUCAGAGGUGGUGGCACAGGAGGCUUUGGAUCGCUACAAACAGAAUACCAUAGUUGUUAAAUAAAUCUCCUGGGGCUUUUCCGAAGACUGCACUAAAAGCCAUAGAAGCAUCUCCUGCACUAACAUAGUCCUUUUUUGUCAGCAUUGUUUUCAUUUAGCAUAGCAAAUCCUAUUGUACCAUUAAGACUUAAACACCCAGUAUUGUUCACUGAUUCUCAUAUCUACACGGUUUUGUUUUUUGCAGAUAUAAAUCCUAAACAUAAAGAGAUGUCAUAAAGUUAAAGUAGAGAAUUCAAAGCAGGAUUUUGAAUGAUAUGUAAAAUAAUAUUUUCCUAGGUAAUGGGCUGUUGGUUUGCUAUAUACAGUGUUGCAGUGUUUUGUACUCUGGAAUGAGCUUUACUACUAAGUGGUAAAAUGGUCUGCCCCACUAACGUGGUAAAUCUUAUGCAGCAACUUGUCAUUUCAGAAUUUUUUCCAUGAAUCAAGCAAGCAAUGAAUAGUUUGUAUACAGUGUGUACAGGCUGAGAUAUCUGUAAACCUGAAUACUAGACUUGUGAAUAAAACAAACAGUAUCCUAAACCAA